AUGACGAAUAAUAGUUCUGUUCGCCAAUACGUGAAACGGAUUUUGCGAAUUGUCCAUGGUUUCGUCGAGGUAUUUUUACAUUGGUUGUUCGGGUUGGUGUACGGGGGAGCGAAACAAAGUAUGCCCCCGAUUAAGGAUCUAUUGUUGCUUGAAUCAGCGACAGAAAUUGCUAUGAAAAUACGCAGCGGAAAGAGGACCAGCACUGAAGUACUAGAGUCGUUCAUCGAACGGAUAAAAGAAGUAAACCCUUUGCUCAAUUGCGUAGUAGCAGAUCGUCUCGAAGAGGCGCGAAAAGAUGCCAAAAACGUCGACGAGUUGAUUAAAUCGGAAAAGUUUUCUCCAGAAGUUAUAGCCAAAAGCAAGCCUUUACUGGGGGUGCCUUUUACCACCAAAGACUGUAUAGCAGUCGAAGGUUUGAUACAUUCUGCCGGCUUAUACUCCCGAAAAGAUACCCGAGCCGAGAAGGAUGCUUUAGCGAUAGCCCGACUGAGAGCUGCUGGUGCUAUUCCCAUAGCCCUUACAAACGUUUCCGAACUAUGCAUGUGGUGGGAGAGCGCCAACAAAAUCCACGGCAGAACUAACAACCCCUACGAUACCAGCAGAAUCGUAGGCGGUUCUUCAGGAGGGGAAGGAUGUGCUCAAGCUGCUGCCGUUUCUGCUUUUGGUAUAGGGUCAGAUAUUGGGGGCUCUAUCCGAAUGCCAGCGUUCUUCAAUGGCGUGUUUGGGCAUAAGCCGUCGCCAAUGGUAGUGCCCAAUGAUGGUCAAUAUCCUGAACCUGUUAGUGAAGAACAAGAACGAUUUUUGGGAAUUGGUCCAAUAUGCCGCAGGGCUGAGGAUUUACUGCCAAUUUUAAAGAUAAUCAGUGAUAAUCCCCAAAAACUGCGUCUAGACGAACACGUGGAUAUAAAAACAAUCAAAUUUUACUACCAAGAAACCGACGGAGGUGCUCGUUUGGUGUCUUCGGUCUCUCCAGACAUAAAGGAAUUGUUCAUUAAAAUUGCUAAACAUUUGGAAAAAGCGCACAAUGUUAAAGCUACCAAAGUGUCAUUAAAACGAUUUAAAAUCAGCGGAGCCAUGUGGUUCGCCAAUAUGAAAUCGGCCGACGGUCCAACGUUCUCAAAACAACUAGCAAAUCUGAAAGGUUCCAUCAAUCCAUAUUGGGAACUAGUUAAGUCCAUAUUCAGGUGUUCCAAGCAUACGUUGAUUGGGAUUUUAACUUGUUUAAUAGAAAAGGCAGGGGUCAAGUAUGACAGUGAGAAAUAUCACUAUCUAGUAAAAGAGCGAGAUGCGUUCCGUUUGGAGGUACUAGAUAUUUUAGGUGACAACGGCGUGUUGCUGUAUCCAACGCACCCCACCUCAGCGCCCUACCACAAUGAACCUCUAAUCAAAGCCUUUAACUUUUCAUAUACAGGAAUAGUGAACGUUCUUAAACUUCCUGCAACUCACUGCCCUAUGGGUCUGGACCGACACGGUCUUCCAAUAGGUGUUCAAGUCAUUGCGGCAGAUGGGAAUGAUCGGCUGUGUCUUGCAGUGGCCAGGGAAUUAGAAAAGGCUUUUGGUGGUUGGGUACCACCCAAUAUACAAGCUUAAAGAUGAUGACUGUUAUGUUACUUUUAGUUUUAGCACAGUGUUUUGGAGUUUGCAGCUUUCUUUAUUUCACUAGAAAUUAAAUUAUUUAAAAUGAAAAUUAUUUGUACUUGGUACUCAGUUUAUGUAUUAUUUGUUGUGUAGUUAGCAUACCAAAAAGUGUGUGGUCUUAUAAACUUUUAUGUCAGGUAUCAAAUAAUGAAAUAAUAAAGUUGAGAUUAUUGACCACUCAAUACAUCACAUAUGACAUUUAAAGGUGAAUAGGGCUUUUACAGUUGGAUCACUUCCAACUUGUAAAAAAAUGGAUAUUGUUGUUUCUACACUUUUCCAUGUGAUUUUUAAACUGCAUUUACAUUUCAUGCUAUACAUUACUAAGAGUGCUCUAAUGAGUUAAGAGUUGUUUCUACAUUAUACUUACCACAGUGAUGUAUGUAUGUUUGUAUGAAAAUUCUAUUAAACUAAAGCUAAGAUUGAAUUUAAAAUCCAAAACAAAAAGUAUUUUCCCCAUCACUUCUACUACAUACAAAUCUCAGGACAGUUUUUCUUUUCGCUGAAAAUAUGACUGCAAUAUAAUUUAUGUAUCACUCUGGUUAUGCUAGUUAAGUCUCUAAUGUAUGUGAAUUUUAACAGUGAAAUUGUGUACAUUAUUUUUUAUAAAUAUUAUAUGAUAUAUUUUACAGAAAUAAAUUUUUCUAAAUA